UGGACUGCGACGGAGAUGCCCUUGCUCCUAUUCACUCUCCCCACUUCGCACCCAUCCCACCUCCAGGUCAGAUCUCGCCGCCCACCACGGCCGCGCACAAUGGGCUCUGCACAUUCCUCCCACUCCUCCAUCUCUACCGCGGCCGACGAAGGCGACGAUGAUCCAUCGACUGCCUCAGCCUCGGAGCCCUCGGCCCCGCCCCCUCCCGCCCAAGCGCCGGCUCCACCGGCAUCUGCGUCCAAGGUGCUGGAGCAGGAGCCCGAGGUGCUCCCCUGCCGAGCCGCCGACUCGCCGCUCUCGCCACAGCCAUCCGUAACGGGCACUCCACGCCUCCUCGGCCCCAACAUCAAGGUCUGGGACCCCUGCCACGUGCUCCUUCCCCCACCAUCGCUGCACCAGCACCUCCCGCAGCAGGGGAGGACGGAGGCGCUGCUGGAGGUGGUAAUAGUUAGCCACGGGGAAUGUGCGUUCGCGAUGCGACCCGACCUGGUUGGUGGGCGAUGGCCGGCAGUGGCCCUCACGGCGCGCGGGGAGCGACAGGCGCGCGCGCUGUCAGUGUUCCUGCGCUCCCGUGGUUCGCAGCUGGCCGCUGCGUGGACGUCGCCCCUCGACCGUUCCCGCGCUACUGCUGAACUUGUCUGCCGGGAACUUGAUUUCCCAGAGGAGCAGAUCCAAGUAUCUGAUGCUUUGACUGAGAUGAGUCAUGGUCAGUGGGAGGGCUGUCCAAAAUCAGAAAUUUAUACCCCAGAAAUGGUUAAUCUGAUGGACAGCACCCAGCCUGAUUUCUCAGCACCUUCAGGAGAGUCACUCAGGCAGGUGCAGUUCAGGAUGAUGGAGUUCCUGAACCGAACAAUCAUAAGGUUACCAGAAAAGGUGGCAAUGGGGGAUACACAAUCACAACAAAAUGACGCAAAGGGUUUAUCUCGGCAGAGCUCCACCAAUUCCGUCCAAGAUGGCCCAUCUUGGGAUUUGCUUUACAGGCUCAAUCGGCAUAGCCUCCAAAGGAAGAAAUCUGGUAAAAGCCGUCUCCAGUUUGUCACUUCGGUUGACAAUGAUACCGAGGAUGAGUUCUCCGUGAAAGACAUAAACCAAAGGUAUCACCUUCACGAAACAAGUCUGGGGAGCUCUACAACCUCUAUUGCAAUUUUCAGCCAUGCAAUCCCCAUUCGAUGUCUCCUUGCGGGCUUGCUGGACUGCAACCCUGUGAUGUCUCAGAGGAUAUGUAUAGACGAUUCAUCUGUCACUGUUCUUGAACAUUCGCUUAGAACUGGGUGGCGAAUAAAGAGGCUAAAUGAUACUGGGCAUCUCAGGCUUCUCUAGCUGCAAGCUGUUGCGCUGCAGCUGGAAUCUAACUGGUGUGUGUUUAUGCGCCGUAAAGAAACUAUCAGAUCAUAUUAUGCAAAUCAGAAGCUAUGGUUGUCGGUUCAUGUUCUCCUAUGCCACAGUGGGGAAUGGAAGUCCUCCGAUUGUUGUUAUUUUGCAUUUACUACCAUGCCUCAAUGCCGGGAAGAACUGCCCUGUGAUUGUUAAUCAUUAUUUUAUCAAGUGUAGUUUCCAAGUCAUCCUUGGUGUAUCGUUCUUUCUUUCCACCAGCCAUUUUGUAUGUUUUGGAACGUGUGUAAAUAGUCUUCUACUCCCUUUUUAUAUUACUUGUGUUUACUUUA